GCCCACCGGCUCCCCGCGGGGAAGGGGGCGCGGCGCCGGGCGGAAGGGAAGCUCGGCGGGGACGGCAAGAUGGCGGCCGCCAUGGCGUGGCUGAGGCGCGGCGCGUGGGGCCCGGCCCGGCGGUGCGGCCGGAGCUACAGCGCGGGCGGCGCUCCCCCCGGCGUGCCGCUGAGCUGCCCGCUGCCCGGCGUGCCCAAGGCGGUGUUCGCCGCCGCCGAGGGCCGGGAGCGCUUCGAGACGCGGGUGACGGCGCUGGAGAACGGGCUGCGGGUGGCCUCGCAGAGGAAGUUCGGGCAGUUCUGCACCGUGGGGCUGCUCAUAAACUCGGGAUCGAGGCACGAAGCGAAGUACCUCAGCGGCAUCUCGCACUUCUUGGAAAAGCUGGCCUUCUCUUCCACAGCUCAGUUUGGCAGCAAAGAUGAAAUUCUCCUCACCUUAGAAAAACAUGGGGGCAUUUGUGACUGUCAGGCUUCAAGGGACACCAUCAUGUACGCUGUUUCUGCUGAUGCCAAAGGCCUGGACACAGUGGUCAACUUGCUGGCCGAUGUGGCGCUGCAGCCCCGGUUAUCAGAUGAAGAAAUCGAGAUGACUCGAAUGGCUAUACGAUUUGAGCUUGAGGACUUGAAUAUGAGACCUGAUCCAGAGCCUCUCCUCACAGAAAUGAUCCACGCGGCAGCCUACAGAGAAAAUACAGUUGGGCUGAACAGGUUCUGCCCAGCGGAAAACACUAACAAAAUCGACCGGCAAGUCCUGCACUCGUACCUGCGCAACUACUACACGCCCGACAGGAUGGUGCUGGCUGGGGUGGGAAUCGAGCACGAGCAGUUGGUGGAGUAUGCCAAGAAAUAUCUGCUCGGCGUGGAGCCGGUGUGGGGCAGCGCGCAAGCCAAGGAUGUGGACAGAUCUGUGGCGCAGUACACGGGAGGCAUUGUCAAGGUUGAAAAAGACAUGUCAGAUGUGAGUCUUGGCCCUACUCCAAUCCCAGAGCUUACCCACAUUAUGAUUGGGUUAGAAAGCUGCUCGUUUUUAGAGGAAGACUUCAUUCCCUUUGCAGUAUUAAAUAUGAUGAUGGGAGGCGGUGGCUCCUUUUCAGCUGGCGGGCCUGGCAAAGGCAUGUUCACUAGACUGUAUCUCAAUGUGCUCAACAGGCACCACUGGAUGUAUAAUGCAACUUCUUACCACCACAGUUACGAGGAUACAGGUCUCCUGUGUAUACAUGCCAGCGCAGAUCCAAAACAGGUUCGAGAGAUGGUGGAAAUCAUCACAAGAGAAUUCAUUCUAAUGGCAGGAGCAGUCGGAGAGGUAGAACUUGAGCGAGCAAAGACACAGCUGAAGUCCAUGCUCAUGAUGAACCUCGAAUCUAGGCCAGUUAUCUUUGAAGAUGUGGGACGGCAAGUGUUGGCUACAAACACAAGGAAACUACCUCAUGAGCUCUGUGCCCUGAUCAGUCAGGUGAAAUCUGCUGACAUCAAAAGAGUGGUCACUAAGAUGCUUCAUAAAAAACCAGCUGUGGCUGCGCUGGGUGACUUAACAGAUCUGCCCACGUAUGAACACAUCCAAGCAGCACUUUGCAGUAAGGAUGGGCGACUUCCUCGGGUUUACCGGCUCUUUCGAUAAAGCAGCGCAUCCUGCAUGUA